AUGCCGCCCAUGCCCGCAGCGAACAGAGCACAAGAACCUUCUACAUGGCAAAAACGUACAAUGGGCGCGAUGAUGGGCGGAGGCGUCGGUCUGACGAUCGGGUUCAUCUUUGGAUCAUACAGCAUCCUUCGAGGUGGUUCCGGUCCUCGAGGAUUCCUAGCUACGCUUUCGCAGUAUAUGCUCAGUAGCGCCGCGACUUUCUCUUUCUUCCUUGCUAUCGGUUCCGUUAUCCGCAACGACGCCCUCCUACCACCACACAUGGAAGCUGCCCGUCUGCAACUCCUUCCUCCUCUCGUGCGCUCCAAGGCUGAAGGCGCCAUGCUAGUGCGCGCACGCUGGGACGCAGAAAGAGCACGAAGAACAGCUGUGUAG